AUGAAAAGAAAGGAAGGAACCACAGGGGAAACAUUGAGAGAAAGAAAAGAGGAAAUCAACACACUGAUGGUGUUUUUUUCUAGUUUGUCUGCAUGUAUUUAUGGAAACCUGUGACCUCAUCACCUCAGAGCUAGCAGCUAAUUUGCAUCUGUUGUCCCCUGGCAGGAAGACAACAAAUAAACAAACAAAUAAACAGAGCAGCAAAAACACCACAUGAAACAGGACGAUACAGAAAAGUCCUUCAGUGUGAGAUCAUCACAGACACAGUAUAUUCGAGGCAAUCACUGCUGAUGAAACUUCUGUGCUCACUUUACCUUGACGUUAGAUUUAAAGGUUCACACUGCAGGGUGCACAGACUCCAACAGAAGGUGUCCCUCUCGAUCGUCACUCGUGACCCAUCAGAGGUGUGUGUUGAUGUAUUUAUCUACAGAGAUGUGUGUGGACCCCCACAGCGCUCAGCGGAGGUUGUGACCAGGUGUCAGAGUCACAGUCACACUGACCACAGAAAGACCUGCCAGCACUUGCAGAACAGACACAGGAGGCUAAACUGAGCAGAGCUGCCACAGAAGUGACUGCGUCUACGUCAUCAGGAUCAUAUGAGAAGAUGUUAACCUGAGGAAAUGAUGUAUCUCAGGAUAUUACAGUGACCAUGAUCCCUUUGCAUUUUAGUGGUCAGGUUGGUCACACCUGCCUCUGUGCAGGUUGUUACACAGUCAUUUAUGCAAUCAUCUAACUUUCCUGUUUUAUACAUCAUGAGUUUAAGUUCCUGGUUCUCAGGAUUAAGUCUUUAGUUUUUGGCUCCACCCACUGAUAUCUGACUGAACAACUGAGACAGCAGCUCUGUGUGUCUGUCUGUCUCUGAAGGUCUUCAGGUUAAAGCAUACAUUUAGUGUUGCGUGAUCAACAGCAGGUUGAAGCCACACAGGAAGAGACCACCUCUCAAGGCUUCUGGCACUUCAGUGUGAUGCUCAGUCAGUCAGCAGCGAGGCAACAUGGAGGUCACGGCUCUCUGCCUCACACUGUUGAUGAACGUGUUGCUCCUGCUGUGUGCACAUCAUCAGGAAGUUGAAUCAGCAGUGCUUCAUGUCGACCCAAACAGACUGCAGUUCUUUGAGUAUGAACCUGUAACUCUCCACUGUGAGGGGCCCAAAGGAGAGGAACUCUCAUGUAAAUCUACCAAUACGCUGAAGUCAACAGGGUCGUCCUGCACCAUCAAAAAUGUUUUUCCAGAAGACGGUGGGGAGUACUGGUGUGAGGGUAAAGGAGGAGGGAGGAGGAGCAACAGCGUCAACAUCACUGUCACUGCUGGUUCAGUGAUCCUGGAGAGUCCUGCCCUUCCUGUGAAGGAGGGAGACGCUGUGACUCUGCGCUGCAGAAACAAGACGACCUCCUCAACCCUCACAGCUGAGUUCUUUAAAGAUGGCCGCUCCAAAGGGAGCAGCUCUACAGGAAACAUGACCGUCCAUCAUGUCUCCAAGUCUGAUGAAGGACUCUACAAGUGCAGCAUCUCUGGAGCUGGAGAGUCACCUGGGAGCCGGCUGGCUGUCACAGGAGAUCACAAAGAGACCACUCCCACCUCCUCCAGUUCUACACCAUGGAUUGUUACGACUCUGUUAUUGUUGGUUCUGCUGAUGGUGGUGGGAGCACUUCACCUCGGCAAACGUUACUGGAACAGAGCUUCUGUAGAGGCCGGUGCAACUGGUGGAGACAAAGGGGUGUAUGCUACCGUAACAAGAAACAGGAAGAAGAAAGAUGAUGAUGCAUUGGCGUCUACACCCGUCUACUACACCUUGGGCCUGGAUGACACUCAACAACUGGCAGGACCAGGAGCAUCUACCACGACAGCAACACCUGUUCCCUCAGCAGGGACCAAUCCAUCUUUAACGGACAUUGCCUUUUACUCUACAGUCCAGUGGCCUACUGGGUGACUGCUGAUCAAAGGGGGAGCUUGAAAAGACGUGCUCACCAUUUGACACAGUGCACCUGAAUUAGCAACGCAAUGACAUGAGUGAAAACACAGAAGUAACACAGCCCCAUACUCAAAGGUAUCAGUGUUUGUUUUAGCAGCUUUUAGAAUUUAGUCUUAAGACAAAAACGUUUUAUUAGUUUGUCGCAUUUUAGACUUUUAAUGAUGAUGUGUUAAUACUGUGUGUGUCAUGUCUCCAGCAGUGUGUGACAGGUUGUAUAAGAUAAUGUGUGUGUCAUGUCUCCAGCAGUGUGUGACAGGUUUAAGGGCUGAUUUACGAGCACACACUUACUGAUCAUCAUCUGAAAAGCUCAACAUCUCUCUAUUUAUGCUCUCAACAAAUAAUGUGAGCCAACUAGGAUUUGUCCCCAGGUUCAUUGUAAACUCUGACUUAUCCAUGUGACUGUUAAGAAGCAGAAACAUAACUUGAUUAAAGCCUGAAUUCUUUCUUCAUCUGCAACAUGUUAGAGUCAAAGAUUAAAACUGGACUCUGAGCUCAUUCAGAGAAAACUGAUCUGAUUCCAGACUGUCUACACAGAUAAAUGAGCCUGUUAGACAGCAAUCAAAUGCUGACCUUCUCCAGACAGUCCAAACUGAGUGGAGACGUGUGGGGAGGAGAUUUAAAGACGGGCGGGUGGCUGCUUGCUCUGCUGCUAACAAGCGGAGCUAGCUGCUAACAGCCACCACUGCAACUAACAAACUCCACAAAUCCAUUCAGCAGCUCCACCAUCCACAGUCAGACACACACGGCUGAUUAUUUACUGCUGAAUUACAGCUCACAACUCGCACCAACCCAAACAUCCUGGUGCAGACUAUUUACUGGAGUUUGCAGCCUGUCAGUGCUCCGAGCUCAUACUACUCAUGUGGCAAUAGAAAAUAACUGCAAGCCUUCUGCUCCUUGUCCAACACUGACACUUCUCAUCAACAAAUAUGAAGCAUUGAUGUUAUCAUAGCUUUCAUUAUCUAGUUCUAGUUUUAACUUGUCGACGUCUUGUCUUUGUCACCAAAAAAAAGGUUGUUGAAUACUUUCAUUGUCGUUUUUGUAAAUGAAAUUAGCACUGUAUCACAAAUGAAUGUUCAUUUCUGUACAAAUAAUGUAUGAAUUAAACAUAAUAAU